AACCUCCGCUUUCGAAGCUGUGGGGAGCAAUGCUGCGCUUGGCAGUGGUGCUUCUCGGCAUGAUGGUGGGCUGGGGCUCAGAACUUUGUCUCAAUGACGGCGUGCCAGAAAGCCAGCGAGAGUACAUCCAGGAUGAUGCCGGCAACAACAUUCACAUCGGAGUGUUCGAAAUGGCUUGGGCAUCGUCCGCUCUUCUCAGCCAGAUGACAGCGCUGAUGAUCCGCGAGGUGCUUGGUUUCCAUGCUGAGGUCGAUCCUACAGUGGGUGGGAAUGGAGCUUCUCCAGUCUUCGCUUUGGCAGGAUGUACCGACUUCAACGACAAAGACAACAGGGUCUGCGGCGUCCAAGAAACGACGAUCCAUGUGAGCGUGGACUCUUGGAUUGGAAGCUAUGCUUCCACUCAGAAUCAGUUCGCCAAGGAGUAUCCAAGACUUGCGGCGGAGGAUUUAGGAAGCAUGGGGUAUGCAGGAGAAGAAUCCAUGUAUGUAAGCCGAGCGAUUCUCCAAGCUGCCUACAGCGAAUCGGGUCUCGCCCUGGAUUUCUACAAGAGCUACAACACGACGCAUCAUGAUCCGAAGAAAUACUUCGACUCCAUUCAUGGUGUGGACCUGUCAGAAUUGGCCAAGUGCAAUGAGACGGAUAUGAGCAAUCCGAGUCGAAUGGGAGACUAUGCCCGAUAUUCAGGUGACUAUGACGGGGUUGUAAACCAAACAGACGGUUCAUUUGCUGCUAAGUGUGAUGCAAACAACCGCUGGUGGUUUGCUCCCGCAUGUCGUCACAAUUCCUCAGCAUGUAUCCCUGUCUUCACGGCCGGGACCGGUUGGAAGGUGCAGGCCAUGAUGCAGUGGUCAACUGCAUAUGGAAUUCCAGCUGCCAUUGCAGUCUCGGGUGGGUGGUCUUUGUUCGUGAAGCACGUGCAGACUUUCCGAGCUCUUCACUACUGGUGGGUUCCAGAUUCGACCUUCAUCGACAUGUUGCCCGAGCAGUUGAUUUUUGCCCGGCACAGUGCCAACGAAUGGCUCGCUGGAGACAAGAAGACCGGAGGCCUUGGAAGCUAUGUGUCCAAGAUGGUGAGCAACAACUUACGGUCCAAGGCUGGCAGAGUGCGAGAGUUCGUCUCCAACAUGAAUUUCGAGCUACCAGAAAUCCAAAAUCUUCUUUUGGAGUACAAGGAGUCUGGGUCAGCCCUCAAUGUUUCUUGCAAGUGGAUGCAAGACAAUCGAGCCAGGUGGUCGGCCUGGAAACCAAAGUUGACCAGCUGCUACGAAGGCUUUGGAUUGGUUGACGCCUCCGGAGCUUUUGUCCCCAACAGGACACUGGCCGUUGGAUGCGGCCUGUGCCAGGCAGGAACUGCAUCUGAGGAGCUCAUUGAUGAUGAGGGAAGGACCUUCCAAUGCAAACAAUGCCCUCCUGGCUACAGUCAAUCAAACACUUACUCCACCCAAUGUGAGCCGUGUCCAAAGGGCACUUCAGCCAGCAGUUUUGGGAGCACAACGUGCACUCCAUGCGAUGAAGGAGACUAUCAACCAGAUACAGCUCAGACCUCGUGCAUCUCUUGUGGUGCUUCCCGAACGACCCUGUUGUUGGGUGCAUCAUCUCUCGCAGAUUGUGUGUGCCAGGCGGGGAAAAUCGAGCAGGAUUCCACUUGCAUGGAUUGCAAUGAGGAAAGCAUGCAUUGUCCAAAAGGAAGCACUAUUGCAAAGCUAGAAGCAGCUUCCGGAACCACGGACUUGAAGGGUCCCUACGUGAAGAGGGGCUUCUUCAGCAAUCCAGAAGCACCUCUUGACACUUACAAAUGCGCUGCGGAGCUCUAUUGUCCCGGUGGUUCUCCAGGUGUUUGCUUCGGAGACCGUGAAGGUUUGACUUGUGGUGACUGCGCUGAUGGGCAUUAUUGGGCUUCCAACAAAUGCGAACCCUGUGGAGCUGUGCCAGCUGCAUGGGCUUUCUCCGUGACAAUGGUCGUGGUUGGAGUCUGUGGCUCUUACUAUAUGCUAACAUCGAGCUAUACAGCGAAGGCCAGUGUGAUGAUGUCCACCACCGCAGCCUUGGGAAUGCUAGUGGCCUUAUUCCAGAAUUUGGGUGUUUUGAACACAGUCGCUGUUCAGUGGCCAGAUGGCUUGCGAGAUAUCCUGAACUUUGCCUCAGUUUUUACUUUCAACCUUGAUGCUCUUGGCUUUAGUUGUGCUGCAGGAGGCAAUGUGGCCCGCUAUGUGAGCACAGCCUCGUUCUUUUGGGUAGUGUUUCUUGCGCUGCCCACAGUUGGUUUGCUCACGAACUUCAUUCCAAUUCUGAAGCGCCGAAAGCUAGCGUGGGAGAAGAACAAGACCAUCAGUACGACGGGGCAAUUCUUGCAGGUCGGCUUCACAACCAUGUGCAAUGUCGGCCUCAUGCCGUUCAUGUGCUAUCGACAUCCUACCGGUCAAUCGAGCAUCUUGAAGUACCCGAAUGUCUUCUGCCGCACUGAUGACCACGUGAUCAUGCGGGUUUUUGGAGCUUUGGUGAUCUUGUUGGCCUUCACGUUCUUCUCAGCAGCUUGCUAUGCGGCCUAUCAAGCGCCCAGGUGGUCUGGCAAACCAAGGCUGGCGGCCAUUCGCUUCUUGAUCUUCCGCUUCCGGCCCAACGUAUGGUAUUUUGGCUUGGUCCUCUUGGCUCGAGGACCCUUGCUGUCCAUGCCAGGUGUGAUCGCGACCAACAUGCCCAGCUUGCAACUUACGCUGAUGCACAUGAUUCUGCUUGGAUCUCUUUGCCUUCAAUUGUGGUUCCUGCCAUGGAAAUCCCCAAUCCUGAAUCUGGUCGAUGGAGUCUCAGUGUCGCUCCUCGUGAUGCUUUUGGCAGGGUCGCUUGGAUAUGCCGACAGCAGCGGGGAAGACGCUGCACGUGUUCUAUCUCUCUUCGGCACCGUCAUCUCCUCUUUGAUGGUCGUCAUCCUCGGAGGGAUGGUGAUGCUUGGCAUGACCGCUCUCAUCUACCGCUCGGCGCUGGGCAGUUCAAAGGAAUUGCGCAUCAUGAACCUGGGCAAGGUCCCACAAGAGAAGGAUGUCUUUCAAAGUCUCCUGGACGUGGCGACUUUCCUCAAGGAAGAUGGACAAGGCAAGGAGGCGACCUUCAUCAAGGACUUGAGCAAUCUCUCAACAUAUGACAUUGGCACCAUCACUCGUGCGAUCCACAUUUUGGCUGAUGACUUGAAUAUGGUCGUUAGCCAGAACGGCAGCAUGCGCAAGAGCUCCUCCCGGCGCAUCGCGACCGGAACACGCACCUUCAGGAGCUCAUCAAGUUACGAUGCCCAGGAGAAGGAGACGAAUGAGCCUUCAGAGGUGACUCGAGAGGAGGUCACUCAGACCGCCACGGUGUGAUUUUUUUCUGAAAUGGUCCUGGGUAGCAGGGGAUUGAAAGAAUCGAGCAGUUAAUCGGGAUUUCACCGUGAUCCAACUGGUCAAAAAGCUCACCUAGGGCCAUGCGAAGCGAGAAAAUAGCUUCUCCCACCGCCAGAGAUCUUUUUCUCGGGGUGGCGCCCA